AUGCCAAAAGUAAAAGUUAACACUACACGGAAAGGCGAAGAAUUCGAAGAGAAGAUAUAUAAUAUCUUAUUAGAAGCUGGCUUUGAGGUGGAAUGGCGUGUAUGUAGCCUUCGUGAUAUCGAAACAGUGAAAGAAAUUGAGCAAAUUAAUAAGGAACAAAUCGAGAAACUCUGCAUUCAAUUUGCAAAAGCGCAAAGCGAAGGAACUUAUGUGACAGAUGUGAUCGUUCCUUUACUCCUAGUAUCAUUAAAAAAACUCCCAAUAAGGAAUACCGCCUUUCUUAGCACAGGAGAACGUCAAAACCAAACUAGUGCCGAUAGAAAAGGAGAGGGAAAACAGUGUAAACGACCUGAUAUGAUGUUUAUAGAAGAACGUAAAGAUGAAGAAGAAGUAAAGCUAUGGCGGGAGAUGAGCGAUGGGCUUUAUUGGGUUUAUAGUGGAUCCAGGCCUGAUAAAAAUGAGUUUGGGAUUGCCGGGGAACAAAUAGCUGGAGAUAUGUUUAUUUCAAUAUUAUUAUCAAAGACAUGGAUGAUAUACACCAUACGCCCAACUGAGAGUGAAGAUCUAGAUCUCAAAGACUUAAAAGGCGAAGUUCAACAUGAACCUGGAUAUAACGAAUUUCGACUAUAA